AUGACGACUGAGAGGUAUCCUGACGAGUUGAUUGUGGGGGACGAUACAGAAGAUGAAAACCAGUCAGAGAUUGAGAGUAUUGCCUCGUCCAGCACAAGUCUGCGCGAGUCCGUUCUCGAUUACCGCCUCGAGAAUGGUAGGACAUAUCACCGUUACAAAGACGGCAAGCUGGAGAAUGAGUUGUGGCUGAUUUCUCUCGACUUCGCUUGCGGCGUCGCCCCGCCCGCCCAGAGGGACUCAAAGUUCGCGUGUUCUCGUGCCCUGGACGUCGGUACCGGUACCGGUAGCUGGGCCAUCGACUUUGCAGAUGAACAUCCUGAGUCAGAGGUCAUUGGAUUCGACCUCUCGCCGCCCCUGACCGAAUACGUGCCUCCUAACCUUAAAUUCGAGAUUGAUGACCUCGAGGAGGACUGGACAUGGUCUCGCCCUUUCAGCUACAUCCAUAGUAGAGUCAUGACAGGCGCCGUCAACGACUGGGACAUUUAUCUCCGCAAGAUUUACAAGAACCUCGAACCAGGUGGCUGGGUCGAGCUGCAAGAGCUCGACAUCUUCGUCACCUCGGACGACGGCACCCUCACGGAGAAGCACGCGCUCUCGCAAUGGAGCAAGCUCCUCCACGGCGCCUCGGAGAAGCUCGGCCGCCCCUACAUUGACCCCAAGUCCCUGGACCUGAAGGCCGCCGGCUUCGUCGACGUGUCCAUCACCACCUUCAAGUGGCCGCUCAACGAGUGGCCCAAGGACCCCAAAUACAAGCAGCUCGGCCGGAUCCAGCUCGAGAACGGCACGACUGGAAUGGAGGCCUUCACGAUGGCGGCGUUUACGCGCGCGUACGAGUGGUCGCCCGAGGAGGUCAACGUCUUCCUCGUCGAUGUCCGGAACGAUCUUAGGAAUAAGGCUAUUCAUGCUUAUAUGCCGGCGUACUGCAUUAUUGGUCGCAAACCGGAGAAGGGUGAGCUUGAGGCGAAGAAGGAGGAGAAUCCUGCGUGA